AUGGACACCUACAAAUCUGCAAUUGUUCGGGAGAGUUUCGCUCAUCCGACAGAUACAUGGCUGCCUGGCAUGAAGAUGUGGAAAGGCAUGACAAUAACUUCCUGGAAGAAUACUUUGGAUCCUGCAAGUGGGCUCUUCUCUUUCCGAAUGGACAUGUCUCCGGGAAAGACACAGAUGAUAAUGUUCUAUAAUAACACUGUUCCAUAUUGGUCCAGUGGAGAAUGCUCUGGGAAUUCUUGUACUAAGGUUCCCGAAUUGCAAGUCAAAAAGAAAGUUCUAGCGUCCUCUGUGAGGCUUUCUCCUUCAAGAAUAUACAUUGCUUUUGGCAUUAGCCCGAUAGAUCAUACCCUCACGGGACGAUUCGUGUUAGAUGAGAACGGCGAAUUACAACUGUACUUCUGGAUGGAUGAUGGUAGAUGGAGUAUGAGGUGGUCGAUGCAUCGAGGUCAAUGCAGUGACUAUGAAAUCUGCGGAACGUAUGGACUUUGCAAUGCGAAUGAUGUGUGUAGCAGUGUCCAGGGCUUCACGCCCUACAACGACUCUCGAGGUUGGUGGUCAAGUGGGUGCUCUCGGCGAAGACCCCUGCAAUGCUCUGCUACAGAGGGCACAACCGACGGCUUUUUCGAAGCCAAGAACCAAUACUUAACUGAAAAAGAAGCCCUCAUAAUCAACAACGAGCCGACACAGCAAGGCUGCCAGAAUGCUUGUCUCAACAAUUGCUCCUGCACAGCCUUUGGUCUCGCUAUUUCUGAUCAACCCGUCUGUAGAUUGUGGUUUGGCAAUUUAUGGGGAAUGCGCGUUUCAUCAGGGGGCCAAUCCGUCUUCAUUAGGCUGGCUUCUUCUGAGUUGCGGCACUCCACGUCAGAGCGAAGGAACAAAAGUUCUCGCCUUACUAUUUUACUUUCGGCCGCCGCAUUCUUUUUUGUUGUUUCAGCUCUCCUGUUAACAACAUUUAUUCUGUGGAAACGUCGAAGACUGGUGAAGAAAAACGUGGAAGAGGAGGUGCCAAUGUCCCUCAAAAAGUUCAGUUACAAAGAGCUGAGAAUUGCAACGGAGAAUUUCAAGCAUAAAUUGGGUAGCGGAGCAUUCGGCUCUGUGUUCAAAGGAACUCUGCCGGACAACACGAUUGUUGCGGUUAAAAGAUUAGAGGGUUCCACGCAAGUAGAAAAACAAUUCCGUGCGGAAAUAAUCACCACUGGCAGAAUACAGCAUGUGAAUUUGAUCAGGCUGUGGGGGUCUGCGUAG